AAAAAUACAAAUAGAAUUCUUCCGAGAAAAUGCUAAAAUAUUUAAUAGUCUUAGUUUUCCUUCUAAACAGUGGUAUAUCCAACGGAAGCCUGUGUGUCACCAAUGUGGUCGUACGAGUGCCUCGGGAAAAGGACAUUGGCCUGAUUUUUGAUUUGACCGUCACCAAUAGCAUGAAGAAUGAGAGGCGAGAAAUGUUGGACUUUAUGGUCAGCUCGGACGGAGAGUGUACUCUGAAUACCACGAGGGGAGAGCUGGUCCAAUCGAUGGGUCGCAUUUUUGGGGGCAAUUUUGGGGCCAUUGAGCCUGGCAAGACCGAAAGCGUGUCCUUGGUGUGGCCCACUUUGUCCUUGUACAACCGUGUGGGUAGUUGCCCCAUCCAGCUCACUGUCACGAGUGUCCAGGAUUCUAUAGCCUCGACAAAGCAGCUGCUCCACUUCGAUACACGUUUCGAGGUCCUAGAUCCAAAUGGUCAUUCGCUGCGCAAGCGAAAGGACUUUGUGGACUGCCGGAACUGGGAUAAGGACUACUUCCGCAACUGCACGCCGCUAAACUGCGAGGAGCGAUACUUUGGCCAGCGAAGCUUCUACAAUCAAGCCACGGAGCAGUGUGAGCAGGUGCAAUCCAGCUCGCGGCCUGGCGAGUUCUACGACAUAUACAGCAACGAGGCCAUCGAUCGCAAUAACUUUGUGACGGACAAGGAGCUCGAGGAGAUCAAGCAGGGCAAAUAUGAUUCAAAUUAUUUGGAACUGCAAGGACCUGCAACGUUUUGCUUACAGCACUUAUUGGAUGAGAAAAAAGAAAAGGCAAUGGAGAAGCAGGUCCGGAAGAAGUCUUCUCUGGAAGUAUCUAUGUUGUCGCAGCUCUACUACGAUUGGUAUCUACCCUUGAGGACCGAGACCCAGGGCGGAUACAGUGAAAUUGAAGAUGGGGGGACUACUUUGAGUCCCGAAAGUGUCCCCUCCUCAUCGCAGCCCCUGAUAGACUGGCCAAGCCAACUCGAUAGCAGCGGAUUGCUGUUGCUGUUCGUCAAGGGGCUCGCCAUUAUCUUAUCGCUAAUUAUGUUUCAGAUUGUCGUGACCCUGACGGCCUAUUUUGUGGUGUGCUUAUCAGUCUACGGUUUUAUCGAGUUAUGCGGCUUGUGGAAGUCCAAGGAUAAAGAGGAAUCCUUGGCAGCCAUCUCAGAAAGCAGCCAGACAGAGAUUUAUACCACCGAGAGCCUGAUAUCUCACCGAUAAUUGGACCCUUUAGCUUAAAUUUAGUUUAUUAUUGUUGCUUAUUA